GGCACCCGGCGGGAGCGCGGACCCAGGGAGCCCAGAGCGGGUUCGCCGCAGUUCCGCACGCCCCAGGCCGCCGGCCUCGCAGCAGAGACACUGGGCUCAACGUCGCUCCCUCCCGCCAUGGCGCGGGUGCUGAUCGUGGGCGCCGGCCUGACAGGAAGCCUGUGCGCCGCGCUGCUCAGGAGAGAGACGUCCGGUCCAUUGUACCUCACGGUGUGGGACAAGGCUGGGGACGCAGGGGGAAGAAUGACUACAGCCAGCAGUCCUCACAAUUCACAGUGUACAGCUGACUUGGGUGCUCAGUACAUCACCUGCACUCCUCAUUAUGCCAAAAAACACCAAAGCUUUUAUGAUGAACUGUUUGCUCACGGCAUUUUGAAACCUCUCACCUCUCCUAUUGAAGGAAUGGUGAUGAAAGAAGGAGACUGUAACUUUGUGGCACCUCAAGGAGUUUCUUCAAUUAUUAAGCAUUACUUGAAAGAAUCAGGUGCGGAAGUCUACUUCAGGCAGUGUGUGACCCAGAUCAACCUGAGAAAUGACAAGUGGGAAGUCUCCAGAGAAACAGGCUCCCCUGAGCAGUUUGAUCUUGUUGUCCUCACGAUGCCAGUUCCUCAGAUUCUGCAGCUUCACGGUGACAUCACCAACUUAAUUAGUGAAUGCCAAAGGCAGCAACUGGAGACUGUGAGCUACUCUUCUCGCUAUGCUCUGGGCCUCUUUUAUGAAGCUGGCACGAAGAUUGAUGUCCCUUGGGCUGGGCAGUACAUCACCAGUAAUCCCUGCAUACGCUUCGUCUCCAUUGAUAAUAAGAAGCGCAAUAUAGAGUCAUCAGAAAUCGGGCCUUCCCUGGUGAUUCAUACCACUGUCCCAUUUGGAGUUACAUACUUGGAACACAAAAUUGAGGAUGUGCAGGAAUUAAUCUUCCAGCAGCUGGAAAAUAUUUUGCCAGGUUUGCCUCAGCCCAUCGCUACCAAAUACCAGAAAUGGAGAUAUUCACAGGUUACAAAUGCUGCCGCCAACUGUCCUGGCCAAAUGACACUUCAUCUCAAACCUUUCCUUGUGUGUGGAGGGGAUGGAUUUACUCAGUCCAAUUUUGAUGGCUGCAUCACUUCUGCCCUAUGUGUUCUAGAAGCUUUAAAGAAUCACAUUUAGUACCUGUAUCCUUAUUCCCUACAUGUGCUUUGGGUUUUUGUUUUCACAAUUUUCUGCUAUUGAUUUGUUUUUCCCUUUUGUUGAGAGAAAUUACUGGAAAAUUGAUCUUAUUAUCAUUUUUCAUAUGGAGUAUAAAAUCAAUUUUAUAAUUUCAGUAGUUACAACCCAUGCUAAAAUAGAAAUUCCUCAUACCUUAUAUCUUUCUUCACUUUUCUGAAUUGCCAUGGCUACUCCUUGUUGGAAGAAAAGUUUUCUUAAAAAUAACAAAUGACCCUCCCCCCAAAUUAUGCUAAAUCACAAUAACAGUUCAUCUACCAAAAUCUUUAUUAUCUUUAUGAAAAUUUCAAUUCUGAAUAAAGAAUAAUCACAUUAUCAAGGCCUCAUC